AUGUUGUCGCGAUCCGUUUUGGCACAAGCUAGAACUAUUGGCUCGAGCAGAAUUGCUGGUCGUCGUACCGGCGCCAUGGCCUCCACAAUUUUACAACGGGGACUGAAAUUUCAAUCCAAACAAUACAAUCCUUCUCCAGGUUUCUCAGUUUUCAGCGAGGAACUGGAACAAGAAAUCAGACACAAACUCACCAGUUUACCAAGCUCAAAUAAGGUGUUUCAAAAUGCCGAUGGUACUGCCAGAAACCCAUCAGAUGAAGAACUUAAGGUUGUUGCUGAAUUAGGCGUCCUUGCUCAGGGCGACAGAGCUACAUUUUUGGACAGAUUCAGACUGAGCCAGGAACAGAGAGAACUUCUCGCCGAAAACUCAUAUUUACUAGAUGACUAUGUUAACAAUGGCAAGCGAAUUCUCGACAAAAUCCCUGUUGAAGACCCCACCACAGGUGAAAUUACUUGGACCGUGAUCCGUGAGAAUCAAAAGGAAGGCUGGGAGAAUCUUAUUUAUUAUGGAUAUGUUCCAGCAUUAUUGAUUUCAUUGUUCUUUGCCCUUUUCCUUGAUAAGGAGAACAUCAGUGAUUGGGCUAUGGAGGAAUUGCGUCUUCGUGCUCAAGAGAGAUAUAAUAGUGGUAUGGAGGAGAUCAACAACAGUGAGCUUAGUGCAGAAGAGCGCAAGAAACAGGACGCUCUCAUUGUCGAGCGUAUUAUCUCUGGUGACUACGACAGACUGGCUGGUCUACGCAAGGCUGGCUCCGACCUUCCUGCCUCUCUGCUAUAA